UUCAUUACAUUAAGUGCUGAUUUAUACAUUUUAUUCUUUAAUAUGGAAAACAAUAGCAAAAUCGCGUAUAAAUACUUUGCGUCAGUCUGACAGAUGUCAUUCGAGCAGCAGCUGCUCGCUCGUUGAGAGUGGUUAGAGGCGUAAAGAAAUAAUGUGUGUCAACAAUCGUAUAGUUCACGAAGAACGGUAAAAACGUUCGCGAGUCGAUUAUGUGUUAAUUCGAUUCAUCGGAAAGUGUAAUCAAAGUAAAGAAAUUAUGUACGAAAAUGGACUCGUACAUUUCGGAUAUUCAAAAUUCCCUCUAUGACACGCUUGUCAACUACAUCGACAUAGAUUUCACGUUGUGGUUAACAUGGCUUUUGACACCACUACUAAUUACCUUUGUGCUACCUCUAAUUAUAGUCAUUCUUCUUUAUACGACCGCAUUAAUACUUUAUGUGUACAAGUGGCAUUGGAAUAGGGUUAGGACUACAUUUGGACAGGGAGAUAAGUGGGGUGCUGCACGAAAAGCUGUUGCUGCACUUUGGGAUGCUCAUGGAUGGAUUUGGCAUGGAUACGAAGUGACUGGCUUGGAUAAUUUAAAUAACAAUGAACCUGGCCUAAUUAUUUAUUACCAUGGAGCAAUACCCAUAGAUUUAUAUUAUUUUAUAACAAAAGUAUUAUUAUUUAAAAACAGAUUAGUACAUACCGUAGCAGAUUAUUUUUUGUUUAAAAUACCAGGUUUUUCAAUAAUAGCUGAAGGCAUGAAUGUGAUACCAGGAACUGUACAAACAUGUUCCACUGUACUUAAAGAUGGCAAUUUAUUAGCAAUAGCACCAGGCGGUGUAUACGAGUCACAAUUCAGUCAUAAUUACAAUUUAAUGUGGAAAAAAAGAUUGGGUUUUGCAAAAGUAGCGAUCGACGCGAAAGUUCCAAUUAUUCCGAUGUUUACGGAAAACGUUCGCGAGGCAUUCAGAACGGUUAGUUUUGGUAAAAAAUUGUUUUUAAAAAUAUACGCGGCGACUAAAAUUCCGGUUGCCCCAAUUUAUGGAGGAUUUCCUGUUAAGAUGAUUACGCACGUUGGAAAACCGAUUCCCUAUGAUCCUAAUCUUUCUCCAGAAGAUUUACAAGCUAAAGUGGCUCAAGCAAUCAACGAAUUAGUAAUUAAACACCAAAGACUGCCAGGUAGUAUUACACAUGCAUUGCUGGAUAGGAUUCCUUAUCUUAGGCUUAAAAAUGAUUUAGUUAAACACAAAUGAACAAAGUACGUAAUGAAAUAAUUCCAUUUAACACUUUUUUAACAUUUUAAUUUUUCAUUCCAAAACUACUUUAUUAAGUUUCUUUUACCAUAAGUACAGUAAAAAAAUAAAUUGUGUAUAUUUUGUUGGUUUGAGGUUAUGUUAAAUAUGUAAAUAAUAAAGU